CAACGAGACCAUCAGCGAAGGUGGAGGGUAGUGGAAGGAUUCGUGUGAGCCAGUGUUCCCCCCACCCCCGCCACCACCUCGCGCCGGAGCAGUUUUAAUCACGGAGCCGCUCGGGCGGUGACUCGCGUGCGACUGACGCUCGUGACUUACGACGCGAGAGCUUCCGAGGAGCACUCGAAGGCAACAUCUCGCACCAGUCAGGCUCUCCCCGCCUCACUCGCAAGAGGAAGACGCGGCAGAAGGAUGGACCGGGGUGCAUCUCCUCUGCUUCGAGACUAGAGGGGCUUCUUUUCCUUUGUAUUUCAAUCCAGAGGGGGGGGGGGGGGGACAGCUUGAACACAACACGGCAAGUUUAUUUUUAGGAAGAGACCAAGAGCGAGGCUGAUGGUUUUGUGCCACCACGGGGAGAAAGAUGCAACAAUUCCAGCAUCCGCACUUCAAGAGAAAAGAGUAGAAGAGGCUGCGAGGGGGUUAGAGACACAGAAAAAGGAUCUAUUCUUUUUUAUUUUUUGUGGGACACGAGAAUGCUUGGCUGCAUCCCAGAGGAGGAAAAAUGUGGAUUUGACAUGCCAAGUCGACCUCAACAUUGCUGGCUGAUUCACAAGUCACUUCUCCUCUCACCGUCGAGCGCCAUAUGAUGGAUUUAUUUGCUCUAUGUUAGACGGAGGAGGAGGAGGAGGAAGGAGAAAACUCGCGCACCCCCGCCACCCUCAUCCCCCUAUCCUCUCUCCUUUCCCAUCUCUACCGCCCUCCGCCCCUCCUUUCCCGUGUUCUGGAUGUGAAGCAGCAUGCGGCCCGGUGAGAAGAGCUCAGAGGGCUCGCGCUCACCUUGCCGUAGAGGAUGCGUCGGAGCCCGCACUAGCGGCAAGGAACGCCGUCUGAUGGAAGGAGGAGGAGGAGGAGGAGGAGGGGGGGUUGUUGGCGGACGACAAAUGAGCAUGACCGACGGAGGGAUGAUGGCGCGCUGUUUCCUGUGGAUCGUCGCCCUCGUCUUGCUCUGCACGCACGCGCAAGGUUUUAUCUACACUUGCGGCGGUACACUGAAGGGCCGAAACGGCAGCAUCGAAUCGCCGGGGUUCCCCUACGGCUACCCCAACGGGGCCAACUGCACCUGGGUCAUCGUUGGGGAGGAAGGCAGCCGAAUCCAGCUCAUCUUCCUGUCCUUCGCCAUCGAAGAGGAAUAUGACUUUUUGUCCUUGUACGACGGACACCCGCACCCGGCCAACUUCAGGACCAGGUUAACAGGGUUCCAGGUGCCUCCUCCGGUCACUAGCACUGGGAAUGUCUUUUCUUUGAGACUGACGAGCGACUUUGCCGUCUCUGCACACGGCUUCAAGCUCAUCUACGAAGAACUCCACAGUACAUCUUGUGGGAACCCCGGCGUCCCGCCCAAAGCAGUGCUCAGUGGCGGCGGGCGCUUCGCCGUGGGGGACAGCGUGCGCUACAGCUGUGUGUCCGGCUACGUCCUGGACGGCCACGCCACGCUCACCUGCGUGCUCAAUGCCGGCAACACGGCCGUGUGGGACUUCCCCGCUCCCGUCUGCCGAGCUGAGGACACAUGUGGGGGCACUGUGCGGGGCGGCAGUGGGGUGGUGACCAGUCCCGGUUACCCCGGCAACUAUGGUAACCAGGCCGACUGUACUUGGAUCCUAUUGGCCGAACCCGGAGACACCAUCUCUGUCGUCUUUACAGACUUCCACACCGAGGAGAAGUAUGACUACCUGGAAGUGGAGGGAUCAGAGCCCCCAACCAUCUGGUUGUCGGGCAGCAAUGUGCCUUCGCCCAUUGUCAGCAACAAGAACUGGCUGCGGCUGCAUUUUGUCACCGACAACAACCACCGCUACCGUGGUUUUAGCGCACACUAUCAAGUGAAGCGCUCAGUUGAUUUUAAGUCGCGGGGCGUUAAAUUGUUCCCUGGCAAAGACACCGGCGGCAAGUUUUCACUCUUAAAUGAAGGUGGUGUGCGACAUGCGUCAAACUCCUGCCCUGACCCAGGAGAGCCGGAGAACGGUAAACGCCAUGGCAACGACUUCAGCAUCGGCGGAGUGGUGCAAUUUAGCUGUGACGAAGACUACGUCCUCCAAGGCAGCAAGAGCAUCAGCUGCCAGCGAGUGGCUGAGGUCUUCGCGGCCUGGAGUGACCACAGGCCUGUCUGUAAAGUCAAAACGUGCGGCAGUAACCUUCAGGGACCGUCGGGGACCUUCACCUCGCCCAACUUCCCGAUACAGUAUGAGAGCAACGCGCAGUGUGUUUGGAUCAUCACGGCUUCAAACCCUAAUAAGGUCAUCCAGAUUAACUUUGAGGAGUUCGACUUGGAGAUCGCCUACGACACGCUGACCAUCGGGGACGGAGGCGAGGUGGGGGAUCCUACCACCAUCCUGCAGGUUCUGUCGGGUAGCUUCGUACCUGACCUGAUUGUCAGCAUGACCCACCAGAUGUGGCUCCACUUGCAGUCGGACGAGAGCGUCGGAUCCAUCGGCUUUAAGAUCAACUACAAAGAAAUAGACAAGGAGACCUGCGGUGAUCCCGGGACGCCUCUCUACGGAAUAAGGGAGGGCGACAGCUUCCUGAACGGUGGCAUCCUGCGGUUUGAGUGCCAGUUUGGGUUUGAGCUGAUUGGAGAGAAAAGCAUCUCCUGCCAGGACAACAACCAGUGGUCAGCGAACAUCCCUAUAUGCAUAUUCCCCUGCAUGUCCAACUUCACGGCUCCGUCUGGAACCGUCCUCUCGCCUGACUAUCCGGAGGGCUACGGCAACAACAUGAACUGCGUUUGGCUCAUCCAGUCGGAGCCGGGCUCGCGUAUCCACUUGGCGUUCAACGACUUUGACUUGGAGGCGCCCUACGACGCGCUCACGGUGAAGGACGGCGAGACGGGCGACGCCGCCGUGGUCGGCAGGUUCUCGGGAGCCGAGAGCCCCUCGCACCUGACGUCCAACACCAACACGCUGAGGCUGGAGUUCCAAGCAGACCACUCCAUGUCAGGGAGAGGCUUUAACAUCACCUAUAGCACGUUCGGCCACAAUGAGUGCCCGGACCCUGGCAUUCCAAUCAACGCCCGCCGCUUCGGAGACAGCUUCCAGCUGGGUAGCUCCAUUUCGGUGGUGUGCGAAGACGGCUUUAUCAAAACCCAAGGAACCGAGACCAUCUCCUGCCAGCUGGAGAGAGGAAAGGUCAUGUGGAGCGGGCCCAUCCCCAAAUGUGAAGCUCCAUGCGGUGGACACUAUUCAGCUCCCACCGGGGUGAUUCUGUCUCCCGGGUGGCCCGGUUAUUACAAGGAUUCCCUCAGCUGCGAGUGGGUGAUCGAGUCAGAACCCGGGCGAUCCAUCAAAGUCACCUUUGACAGAUUCCAGACAGAACUGGGUUACGACUUCCUGGAGAUCCAUGACGGCCCCAACCUCCUGUCUCCACUGGUCGGCUCCUUCAACGGCACCCAGGUGCCGCAGUUCCUGUUCAGCAGCACCAACUUCCUCUACCUGCUGUUCACCACCGACAACAGCCGCUCCAAUGCUGGCUUCAAGAUAUUAUAUGAGAGCGUCACGGUAGACAGCUACUCGUGCCUGGACCCCGGCAUCCCCGUCAACGGGAUCCGCUACGGACAGGACUUCUCCAUUGGGUCCACGGUGUCAUUCGGCUGCGAUUCGGGCUACAGGCUGAGCCACGAGGAGCCCCUGGUGUGCGAGAAGAACCACUGGUGGAGCCACGCUUUACCCACUUGCGACGCUCUGUGCGGUGGUGACAUCCGAGGCCCCUGGGGCACCAUCCUGAGUCCCGGCUACCCGGACAGCUACCCGUCAUCCCUCAAUUGCACCUGGACUGUGGAAGUCAGUCACGGCAAAGGCGUUCAGUUUCAGUUCAACUCGUUCCACUUGGAGGACCAACACGACUACCUGCUGGUCACGGAGAACGGGAGUUUCCUGCAACCCCUGGCCCGCCUGACCGGCAAUGAGUUGCCUGGCAACAUCAACGCCGGUCUCUAUGGCAACUUCAAAGCCCAAUUGCGGUUCAUCUCGGACUUCUCCAUUUCCUACGAGGGCUUCAACAUAACGUUUACCGAGUACACGCUGGAGCCAUGCGAGGAUCCCGGGACGCCGCGCUUCGGUCGGAGAAACGGUUAUAACUUCGGCAUUGGCGACACACUGUCGUUCUCUUGCGACAUGGGCUACCGCCUGGAGGGGGCGCCAGAGCUAAUCUGCCUGGGUGGCGGCCGAAGGAUGUGGAGCGCUCCUCUGCCGAGAUGUGUCGCCGAGUGCGGUUCCUCCGUCAUGAACAACGAAGGCAUCCUGCUCUCGCCCAACUACCCACUCAACUAUGACAACAACCACGAGUGUAUCUACAGCAUCCAGGUUCAGGCUGGGAAAGGCAUCAACAUUUCUGCCCGGACGUUUCAACUGGCCCAGGGGGACAUACUCAAGAUUCACGACGGCAAAGACAACACGGCCCAUGUCCUGGGGGCCUUCACCGGCACGUCCAUGCUGGGCCUGACUCUCAUCUCCACUUCCAAUCACCUGUGGCUGGAGUUUUACAGUGACCCGGAAGCCACGGGGGAAGGAUUCAAAUUGGUCUACUCAAGUUUCGAGCUGUCUCAUUGCGAGGACCCGGGCGUGCCGCAGUUUGGCUUCAAGGUCAACGACCAAGGACAUUUCUCCGGCAGCAGCAUCACAUACCGAUGCGAGCCCGGCUACACGCUGCACGGGGCCACCACGGUCAAGUGCAUGACGGGCGAGAGGAGAGCCUGGGAUAACCCCCUUCCUUCCUGUAUCGCCGAGUGUGGCGGACGUUUCAAGAGUGAGUCUUCGGGGAGGAUUCUUUCUCCCGGUUACCCGUUUCCGUAUGACAACAACCUCCGCUGUACCUGGACCAUCGAGGUGGACUCUGGAAACAUUGUUAGCCUUCAGUUCCUGGCGUUUGACACCGAGGCCAGCCACGACAUGCUACGGGUUUGGGACGGACCUCCCACCAAUGAAAUGUCUCUGGCCGAGCUCAGCGGGUCGCUGCUGCCUGAGGGCAUCCACUCCACUCUGAACACCGUCACCGUUCGAUUCGAGACCGACUUUUACAUCAGCAAGUCGGGAUUCGCCAUCCAGUUUUCCAGCUCAGUCGCAACUGCCUGCAGGGAUCCGGGGGUGCCGAUGAACGGCACCCGCAGCGGCGACGGCCGGGAACCGGGCGAUUCGGUGUCCUUUCAGUGCGACCCGGGAUACGAGCUCCAGGGGGAUGACAAAAUCACCUGCAUACAAGUGGACAACAGAUACUACUGGCAGCCCAGCCCGCCUGUCUGCAUCGCUCCCUGUGGAGGCAACCUGACCGGCUCCAGCGGCUUCAUCCUAUCCCCAAACUUUCCGCAUCCCUACCCGCACUCCAAGGACUGCGACUGGCUCAUCGCCGUCAAUCCUGAUUAUGUCCUGUCGCUCGCAUUCAUCAGUUUUAACAUUGAGCCCAACUAUGACUUCCUGUACAUCUACGACGGUCCGGACAGCAACAGCCCCCUGAUCGGCAGCUUCCAAGACAGCAAACUGCCUGAAAGGAUCGAGAGCAGCUCCAACACCAUGCAUUUGGCCUUCAGAAGCGACGGCUCUGUGUCCUAUGCCGGCUUUCACCUGGAAUACAAAGCUAAGUUGAGGGAGUCCUGCUUUGACCCGGGAGUGGUGCUGAACGGGACCAGACUGGGAUCAGACUAUAAACUGGGCUCCACGGUUACCUUCUACUGCGAGGCUGGAUAUGUUCUGCAGGGUUACUCUACUCUAACCUGCAGCAUGGGAGACGAUGGCAGACCUGGAUGGAACCGGGCUUUGCCGAGCUGUCAGGCCCCCUGUGGAAGUCGCUCCACAGGAUCAGAAGGAACCGUUUUAUCUCCAAAUUUCCCUCGAAACUACACCACCGGACAAACCUGCGUCUACUCCAUAGCUGUACCGCGCGAAUUUGUUCUCUUCGGCCAGUUUGUGCUUUUCCAGACGUCGCUAAACGAUGUGGUGGAGAUCUACGACGGGCCCACCCAGCAGAGCACGCUGCUGUCAUCUCUCUCCGGGUCCCACUCCGGAGAGUCGCUACCGCUGAGUUCGGGCAAUCAGAUCACCGUGAAGUUUACGACCGUGGGACCGGAAACGGCAAAAGGCUUCCACUUUGUCUACCAAGCCGUGCCGCGGACCAGCUCCACUCAGUGCAGCUCGGUCCCAGAGCCGCGCUUCGGCCACCGCCUGGGCAACGACUUUGCGGUGGGCUCCAUGGUCCAGUUUGAGUGCAACCCCGGCUACAUUUUGCACGGCUCCUCCGCCAUCCGUUGUGAGAGUGUGCCCGACAACCUGGCGCAGUGGAACGACAGCUUGCCCACUUGUAUUGUUCCCUGCGGCGGUGUGUUGAGCUCCCGUCACGGCACCAUCCUGUCGCCCGGCUACCCGGAACCGUACGACAACAACCAGAACUGCGUGUGGAAGGUGUCGGUCCCCGAAGGCGCCGGAAUCCAGGUUCAGGUUGUGAGUUUCGCCACGGAGCACAACUGGGACUCUUUGGAUUUCUACGAUGGAGCGGACAACCAUGCGCCGAGGCUGGGAAGCUACUCCGGCACCACCAUCCCACCACUGCUCAACAGCACGUCCAACAACCUCUACCUCAGUUUCAGCUCCGACAUCAGUGUAUCCGCCGCCGGCUUUCAUUUAGAAUAUACAGCUAUCGGUCUGGAGUCGUGUCCGGAGCCCCAGACUCCAAACUUUGGCACAAGACAGGGCGAUCGUUUUAUGGUGGGCGACGUCGUGCAGUUCUCCUGUGAACAAGGAUAUUCUCUUCAGGGAAAUGCUCACAUCACGUGCAUGCCAGGACCAGUUCGCAGAUGGAACUACCCGGUCCCUCUUUGUCUUGCUCAGUGUGGCGGGGCCCUGACGGAUGUAAGCGGUGUGAUCCUCAGCCCCGGUUACCCAGGCAAUUACCCCAGUGGAUUAGAUUGCACUUGGACCGUCAAUUUACCUGUCGGUUUCGGAAUUCAUCUGCAGUUUGUAAACUUUUCCACGGAAGCCAUCCACGACUACUUGGAAAUACGCAGCGGUAGCCUGGAGACGGGCUCAGUCAUCGACCGCUUCAGCGGUCCGCUCAUUCCCAGGGCUUUGUUCAGCACCACGCAUCAGACCAGCUUCUUUUUCCACAGUGACUACUCGCAGAACAAGCCCGGCUUCCACAUCACCUUCCAGGCCUAUCAGCUCCAGAGUUGCCCAGACCCCCGUCCGUUCCAGAAUGGCAUCGUGAUUGGCACCGACUUCAGCGUUGGCAUGACGGUGUCCUUCGAGUGCCUUCCUGGCUACUCCCUCAUCGGGGACGCUUCCCUGACAUGUUUGCAUGGACUCAGCCGUAACUGGAAUCACCCGCUACCUCGAUGUGCAGCUCUUUGUGGUGGAAACAUCACCUCACUAAAUGGAACUAUUUACUCUCCCGGUCACCCUGAGGAAUACCCCAACUUCCAGGACUGCGUGUGGAGCGUGAGGGUCCCACCCGGACACGGGAUCUACAUCAACUUCACAGUACUGAGCACGGAGCCCAUUUAUGACUACAUCACCGUGUGGGAUGGUCCGGACCAGUCGUCUCCUCAGAUUGGCCAAUUCAGCGGCAACACAGCACUGGAGUCGGUCUAUUCCACCUCCAACAUCAUCCUCAUCAAAUUCCACUCGGACUUCUCCGGAGCUGGCUUCUUUGUUUUGAGCUACCACGCCUACCAAUUAAGGGUCUGCCAGCCCCCUCCGGAGGUGCCCAAUGCUGACAUGCUGAUGGAGGACGGCGAGUUGGAGAUAGGUGACAUCAUCAGGUACAGGUGCCAUCCUGGGUUCUCAUUGGUCGGCAGCGAUAUUCUCACCUGCCGCCUGGGAGAGCGGCUCCAGAUGGACGCGCCGCCGCCGACGUGCCAAGUUCAGUGCCCCGCUCACGACGUGCGAUACGACUCGUCGGGUGUCAUCCUGAGUCCCGGUUGGCCCGAAAGCUAUCCCAAUCUGCAGAUGUGCUCGUGGAGCAUCAGCGUGGAAAAGGGCUACAACGUCACCAUCACCUUUGAAAGCUUUCACACGGAGAGAGAGUUUGACGUGUUGGAAAUUUUUGAUGGUCCAUCCGCCAACGACCCAACGUUGGCCACGCUGAGCGGUGACCUACCGACGCCCUUCAACAUCACCACCUCCGGGCACCAGUUCUUGGUGCGCUGGUCAUCGGACCACGGCACCAACAAGAGAGGCUUCAGAAUUCGCUAUGUUGGUGAGUACCAAACGCUGUACUGCUCCACGCCGGACUCGCCGCUGCAUGGCUCCAUCUCUUCGCAGACGGGCGGCCACGUCAACAGCGUGGUACGCUGGGCGUGCGACCGCGGACACCGCCUGGUCGGCAACGCCACGGCCACCUGCCGCCGCACGCCGCUCGGUCACCAUGGCUGGGACUCGCCGGUGCCCGCGUGCCAAGCUGUCUCGUGCGGAGCCCCCAAGGCGCCGGCGAACGGCGGCGUCGUAACAGCCGACUACUCGGUGGGAACGCGCGUCUCCUACUUCUGCAGCGACGGCUACAGGCUCUCCAGCAAAGAACUGACGUCGGCCAUCUGCCAGCCCGACGGGACGUGGAGCAACCACAACAAGAUCCCGCGGUGCUCGGUGGUGGUGUGCCCCAGCAUCGGCUCCUUCUCCCUGGAGCACGGCCGCUGGAGGAUCGUGAACGGCUCGCACUACGAGUACAGGACCCGCAUCGUGUUCACCUGCGACCCCGGCUACUACCGCUUAGGACCCGCUCACAUUCAGUGCCUCCCCAAUGGCGUGUGGAGCUGGAAGAACGAGAGGCCGCACUGUCAGAUCAUCUCCUGCGGCGAGCUGCCGUCCCCGCCCAGCGGCAAGAAGAUCGGCACACAGACGACCUUCGGGGCGACGGCUAUUUUCGCUUGCGAUGGCGGAUUCAUGCUGGUGGGCUCGGCCGUCAGGGAGUGCCUGUCAUCGGGGCUGUGGAGCGGAACCGAGUCGCGCUGUUUAGCUGGUCACUGCGGCAUCCCGGAGGGCAUCGUCAACGGCCAAGUGAUCGGGGAGAACUUCGGUUACCGUGACACAGUGGUGUACCAGUGCCUUCCCGGCUUCCGACUCAUAGGCUCUUCGGUUCGGAUUUGUCUCCAGGACAACCAGUGGUCUGGGCAGCUUCCCAUCUGCAUACCCAUCAGUUGCGGCCACCCGGGCAGCCCGAUCUACGGCCGCACGGUGGGGAACGGCUUCAACCUCAAUGACGUGGUCAGCUUCGUGUGCAACCGGGGCUACCAGAUGGAGGGGCCGGCCCGCGCCCACUGCCAGGCCAACCGCCAGUGGAGCCACCCGCCCCCAACGUGUAAAGUGGUCAACUGCUCGGAUCCCGGCAUCCCGGCCAACUCUAUCCGCCAAAGCAAAAUCGAGCACGGCAACUUCACCUUUGGCACGGUGGUGUUCUACGACUGCAACCCUGGCUACGAUCUGUUCGGCUCGCCUGUGCUGAGUUGUCAGCCCACCGGGCAGUGGGACAAGCCGCUGCCAGAAUGCAUCGUUGUUGACUGCGGCCACCCUGGCUCUCCCCCGAACGGCGUGCUAAGCGGGGAUAAGUUUACAUUUGGUUCGACGGUUCGAUACUCCUGUCUGGGUGGCAGGCAGCUCAAGGGGGAGUCAUCCAGGAUGUGUCAGCUCAAUGGGAUGUGGAGCGCCCCCAUGCCCUUUUGCUCUGGUGAUACGGCCGGCUCCUGCGGCGAUCCGGGCAUCCCGUCCCACGGUUCGAGGGAACAGACGGAUUUCCGCAUCCGCUCCAAGGUGUUCUUCAGCUGCACGGAGGGCUACGAAAUGAUCGGCUCGGCCGAAAGGAUGUGCUUUCCCAACGGGACCUGGUCGGGAAUGCAGCCCUUCUGUAAACCCAUCCAGUGCGGUAAUCCUGGUACUCCCAGCAACGGCAGAGUGUUUCGCCUGGACGGGACCACCUUCUCCCACUCGGUCAUUUACUCCUGCAUGGACGGGUACCUCCUCUCUGGCACCGCCACCAGGCUGUGUCUGGCCAACGGGACCUGGUCGGGGAUACAGCCAAACUGCACCAUGAUUAACUGCGGCGAUCCCGGACUUCCGGCAAAUGGCCUUCGCUACGGUGAAGACUUCACUAUCGGCCAAAACGUGACCUUCCAGUGUCAACCCGGAUACAAGAUGGAGGAGGACGGCUCACCCACCAGGAUGUGUACUCAGAAUGGGACGUGGAGCGGAAAUAUGCCCAUAUGCACAGCGGUCACGUGCCUGACUCCCCCCGCCGUCAGUAACGGGGUCCUGCAGGGCAGCGACUUUGAGUGGGGCAGCAGCGUGAGCUACAGUUGCUCACCAGGCUACGAGCUGUCCUUCCCGGCUGUUCUCACAUGCGUGGCCAACGGAAGCUGGAGCGGGAUGCUGCCGCAGUGCUUACCCAAGUUUUGCGGCGACCCCGGUACCCCAGCGGGUGGUUCCCGCGAGGGCCGGAGUUUCAUCUACCAAUCGGAAGUCACUUUCUCCUGCUCGCCGCCGUUCCUUCUGGUCGGCGCGGCAACCAGGCUCUGCCAAAGUGACGGCAGCUGGAGUGGGACACAGCCCCGCUGUAUAGAGCCGACCAAGACAAGCUGUGACAACCCGGGAACGCCCAGAUACGGAUCCCUCAACCGCACUUUUGGAUUCAAGGUGGGCAGCGUGGUGUCCUUCCAGUGCCAGCCGGGUCACCUUAUCCAGGGCUCCUCCUCCAGAACUUGCCAGCCGGACCUGAGAUGGAGUGGGACGCAACCCGAGUGUAUACCCCACGCAUGCAAGCAGCCCGAGAGCGCACUCCACGUGGACGUGGUGGGCAUGGACCUGGCGGGCUUUGGCUACACGCUGGUGUACAGCUGCCAGCCCGGCUACUUCCUUGCCGGGGGUUCCGAACACAGGGUUUGCAAGAGUGACGGCACCUGGACCGGAAAGAUGCCGAUAUGUCGAGCUGGCGAGAAGAAGAAAGCUGUGAAGCCAGCAACGGGAACUCCAAGCCCCAAACUGAACGUCCCAGAUGACGUGUUUGCCCCCAACUACAUUUGGAAGGGCUCGUACAAUUACAGAGGCAGGAAGCAGCCCAUGACGCUGAGCAUCACCAGCUUCAACGCCAGCACGGGCAGAGUCAACGUCACCCUGAGCAACGGCAACAUGGAGCUGCUGCUAUCAGGCCUUUACAAGACAUCCGAAGCGCGUCUGCUGCUGCUGAUGUACCACGUCAACUACGUGCAGCAGGGGAAUCAUCUCAAAGAUUCCACCAUUUCUCCGGCCAAGAUCGUAGAAGACUCGUGGACCAUGGAUGGAUUCGUGUCGGCCGAACCCGACGGUUCCAGUUACGUGUUCCAGGGAUUCAUUCAGGGAAAAGACUACGGACAGUUUGGACUGCAGCGACUCGGUCUAAACAUGUCGGAGAGUCAGAAUUCACAUCCGCCUCAGUUGCGCACCAACAGCAGCUCGGUGGCCAUCGCGAUCCUGGUGCCUUUCUUCGCGCUCAUCUUCACCGGCUUUGGCUUCUAUCUCUACAAACAAAGGACCACACCGAAGACCCAAUACACGGGCUGUUCGGUCCACGAGAACAACAACGGGCAGGCCGCCUUUGAAAACCCCAUGUAUAACACCAACGCUAAGGCGGUGGAGGGCAAGGCAGUCCGCUUCGACCCCAAUCUUAACACCGUCUGCACCAUGGUCUGAGGAUUAAUGACGGACAGGAAACCCGGAAGGGAAAAACAGUUCCCGGCAUUCAUUUUGGUCUCGGCCGCCCGUUCUGAAAUCUCACUUGGCAGAGAGUAGCAAAACUUUUUGUAACACAAGCGGGGAGGGUUGGGGGUGGGGGGGAUCAUAAGCAAAAGAAGGGAUGAGGGCAGCCCUGGAGACUGCGUCCUUAAUCCUGAGUGAACGGCGGAUUAAAGUCAAAAGGGGAGCCCGGGCCCCGGUUGAGCCAGAUGAGAGGAGGAGGAAGGCUGACACACGGAAUGCUUAAACCGCUUCGUUCCCAUUCCGGUGGACGGGAAGGCUGAAGAGACGCAGACAACCCCGAACUGAACUGGAAGUCGAUUAAGCGAAUCGUCUCGAGAGAAGCAGGGGGUGGGGGGGGGGGGGGGGGUUAGUAUCUUCAAAUCCCCUUGUAGCUAAUCAGAGCAAACCUGAAAUGUGGAGCUGUUCCCCGAUACAGUGAAUUCCAAACGGACUCCGAUGCGAGGCGGACUAAGACCGAGAGAGACAAGCUAUUCCCGGCUCUGGCACUAAAGCACAUCGGACAGGAAAUGCUUCCUGUCUGCCCUGGAGAACGGGGAACUUUGACGGGAAGGGUUAGGACGGACCACCGCCACCCCCCCCCGUCGGUACUGAACCAGAAGCGGGGUUUUUGCUGCCCUGCCAACGUGGGCCGCCACCGUGGUUCCACUGAGAUCCUGCACUCUGCGAGUGUUUCCUCCUUUAUUUGUUACGACUGCAGAAUCUUCUGAUCUGUGAUUCUAUUGCGAAUAUAUAGAAAUAUAUAUAUUCGGGAGUGGUUACCACCUAUAUUUUUGUGCUCGUAUUUGACACGGGCGCGAGGCCAGGAUGGACCAUAGCAGCAGAUCAUGUGGGGUUUUUUUCGUUGUUGGGGGGGGGGGGGGGCGAUAUCCAGUUGACCACAUAUAUGUCCCUUUCUCAUUUAUUUCUUUUUAAAUUUUUCUUCCUUCGUAGAAUGUGAAGUCGUACACUUUCAUCGCUUUUUGUGGUCUGCUUGUGGUGAGGUGCGACGGUUUUUGUUUACGAUUUUCACGCUGGCCUUCAAAGAUGGCUUUUUACCACCCAGACUCACUGCCCAUGCUCUUUUGCAUUAAAAGCAUUUGUCACCGUCGCACAGACGUCACCCUGUAUCUAAUUAUCUCAAUGAAAAAAGGUGCAGCAUCUUCGUGAACACUAUUUUUGUGCGUCGGUAUAUAUUUGCCAAUCGGCAAGGGCAACGGUAAAUUCUAGCAGCAGAUUAUAGCAUUGGAUUUGGGGUGGGUGGGGGGGGCGGAUGAUCCGACAGACCACUUUUUUUGUGUUACGCCUCUUUGUGGUCUGACUCCUGUAGCGUUCAGGAUGCAAGGCACUAUGGCAUUUGCUGAUGAGCCCCUUUCACAAUGGCCAAAAAGAUAGCUUGUUGCUCUCCUUUUCACUGUGGCCCAGACAUCAGCACGCAUCUACUGUAAUUAUCUUUAAAAAAAAAAAAAGCCGCACUUGCUGAAUGAGCACGCAUUUCGGAAAUGGCUAGGCCGUGUUUUGGUGGAUAAAUGACGGCUCAACCGCUAUAUUCUUGUCUGCUGGGAAAUUUGUGUGAAAGGCACUAUUGAUGCAAUCCAAUGAAUAGUCCCUGGAGAAUUUUUUUUUUGGGGGGGGGCAAAUGUUUAAAUUCCCCGUGAAAUAUUUCAGUUCUGAGCUCAGUCAGUCCAUCAUUUCUUCUUGUGCAGGUCUGUUUGUUUAAAUGUAGUUAACAUUUGAAAACUUGGGCCAGGAGUCGAGUUUCAAUUGAGAUUAUUUAACAUUUUUCCUCACUCUCAGAUCUUUUGUUAACGACCUCUAUCGUAAACAGUUGGAUGCCCCGUGGAAUACAUUGUUGUUUUUCUGUUGUUGUCCCCCCCUCCCCCCAACCACGCAUUUCAAGAAACACAACCCUUAUUUUUUCAGAUUUUUUUUCCUCUUAGUUGUCGACCUUAAAGUGAUCCACACGUCUAUUUUUCUUUUUUUUCUUUCUUUUUUUUGCGGGGAUGUUGCCCAAAGGAAGUUUUGUUGGCGUUUCAGUUUUUUCCAUGUUCAAUUGGACAGGUUGGAGUGAUUGUCGUCGUAUGUACGUAGUUGUUGUGUUGUGGUGGUUUUAGUCGUUUAGUUUUCACAAUGAGUCUGACACAGUGCCUACCAAAAAUCAAACAUUUUUGGGGACUCUGCCUUCUACACAUCCUUAUUCCACUUUCAAAGGCAUUUUCAACCCCUGCCACAAGCUUUUGUCGGUGACUGCAAUAAGAUUGAUUUGGAAGACUAAAGCCCUUCUUCGCCCCCCUCGACGGACACUGGAAGUAUUCCGUUUGAGAAUUAAAAAAAGAAGAAAUUAUGGUUAAAAAUAUAUAUAUACCUAACUAAACAAAAUGUUUUGUACAGAAAUCUAUUUUUAUGAUGAGAUUAUUUGUAAAAUGUAUUGAAUCUAUUAUGUAAAUUUUCAAUGCAAUGUAACAUUAAAAAAAGACUACUGCGCUUUGGUAAUUAACAUGUCUUUUUCAUUGUGUUCUGGGAUGGUUGGUUCUUGCUUUAAAAAGUUGCUCUUGAGUUCAA